AUGUCGGAGACAGAUUAUAAAAAAGUGCCGAUUGACGAAAUUGAAAAAAAUGGAAUAAGUUGUGAUUUACCUGAAGAAGAACCAGCCAAAUAUGGCUACGGUAUACGCCAUGUACAAUCCUUCCUUUUCUUUAUGUGUAUUACACUUGGCUACCUUAGUCGAGGUCAUUUAGGAGUAACUAUAGUAGCUAUGACGAUGGGCAAACAUAUUGAUGAACGCGUAACAGCAGCAGUGGGUGAUAUAAAUAAUAGUACAAUGAUAAAUUCUACCUCAAAAAUAGACGAUAUUGCAAAUUUUACAGCAUUUGAAGAUAUAAGUAAUAAUAGUAGUUUAGUAUCGAAUCACACAAAUCUAGAUUACAAUACAAUCUAUAGGACAUAUGAUUGGCCGAAAUCAACCCAAGAAAUGGUUCUUGGAUCUUUUUUCCUGGGAUAUUCUAUUAUGAUGCUUCCAAUGGGUAUCAUAUGUCAGAAAUGGGGUGGAAAAAUACCUCUACAAGUUGCUAUGUUUGUAAAUGCACUAGUGUCAUUAAUAGCGCCAUGGUGUGUUGCAUGGGGUGGCUGGAAAACGCUGUCCGCAUUUCGUUUAUUACAAGGAUUAUCCCAAGCUGGUUUAUAUCCAGCUGUCCAGACUUUACUGUCGAAUUGGAUACCAAGUAAUGAGCGUGCCAGCAUCAGUAGCUAUGUUUACACAGCUUCAGGAGUAGGUACCGUGAUUGCGUUUCAGCUUGGUGGCAUCCUUGCGUAUAGUAGAUUUGAGUGGCCAUCCACUUUCUGGGUCACUGGCGUACUAUGUUUUAUUGGAUUAAUAUUGAUCACCGUAUUUGGUGCUACUUCUCCUAAGGAUCAUAAGUCUAUAUCGGAUGGUGAGAAAGCGUACAUUUUAGGAAAAGCCGAAAACAGAACUGAAACGAAAGCCAAAGUUCCUUGGAAGGCAGUAUUGAAGUCAGUGCCGUUGUGGGCCACCAUGACAGCGCACAUAGGCCUUGGCAUAUGUUUCUUGUUUUUCUUCGUACAAGUACCAACUUACAUGUAUGCGGUUUUGAAACUCAAUAUUAGAAAUGUAAUUUUUUUUUUUAUAGCUAGCGUUAUACCAGCAAUAUGUCUGACGUGGUCGGUUUACACUACUAAUACUGUUCUAGCUGUGACAUUAUUUGUUCUGUAUAUGUCAGCAACAGCCGCGAUGAAUAGCAGUGUUUUGGUAAAUUACAUGGAUCUGGCCCCCAAUUACAGCGGAGUAAUAAUGGCAACUGGAAAUACGAUGAUGACCAUAGUGAGCCUCGGAACACCCGUGGUCACCUCACUAGUUGUUACUGAUAUUGUAAGUACUUUAAACCAUAUUCCGCCACGUCAUUAUAUCAUGAGCUUUGAAUCUUCACUCAUUAUGAACCGCCAAUACGACGUCAUACAGGAUGAAAGGAAAAGUACAGAUGUUGUUCAAUAG